GCUAUUUAUUACAGUACAUCGUCAACAACCAAAACAUAAAUAAACCCCAUAAGUCUUGGAACCUAAACAUUGUCCAAAAAAAAAAAAAAAUGAAAAUUGUGAAAUCUAACCCCAAAAAUCAAUAUCUUCUCUUUCUCUGACUUCGAAAAACCUGUAGAGAAGAAGGAAAAGGAAGAAUUUUACGGUAAAAAUCUUGUUCGCUAGUCUCUUUCUCCGAGAAGCAACCCAAGAAUCUCCAUGGCUACAGAAGCCACCACCACCAAAUUCCAAAACCCUGAUUUCCACCCCGAUUUCCACCCGGAUAUCUCGGUAACCGCUCACGACGGCCUCCACUUUUGGCAAUUCAUGAUCGCCGGUUCUAUCGCCGGCUCAGUUGAGCACAUGACCAUGUUUCCGGUCGACACGGUCAAGACCCACAUGCAGGCUCUCGGUUCUUGCCCCAUUAAAUCCGUCAGCGUUACCCACGCACUCCGUUCCAUCCUUCAAUCUGAAGGCCCCAGUGCCCUUUACCGCGGUAUAGCAGCUAUGGGUCUCGGCGCAGGUCCUGCACAUGCGGUGUAUUUCUCAGUUUACGAAGUAUGUAAGAAGUAUUUCUCUGGUAACAAUCCGAACAAUUCAAUGGCUCACGCUGUAUCAGGAGUUUGUGCUACGGUGUCCAGUGAUGCUGUAUUUACGCCGAUGGAUAUGGUGAAGCAGAGAUUACAAUUGGGGAAUAAUAUUUACAAAGGGGUGUGGGAUUGUGUGAAGAGGGUUUUGAGAGAAGAAGGUUUUGGUGCGUUUUAUGCAUCUUAUAGGACUACUGUUUUGAUGAAUGCGCCGUUUACAGCAGUGCAUUUUGCAACUUAUGAGGCCACAAAAAGAGGGUUGAUGGAGAUAUCGCCUGAGAGUGCUAAUGGUGAGCGGUUGGUUGUUCAUGCUACUGCUGGAGCUGCUGCUGGAGCACUUGCAGCUGCUGUUACUACUCCUCUGGAUGUAGUUAAAACUCAGUUGCAGUGUCAGCUUCUGCUAUUUCUACAGAUAACAUCAAGCUCCUGAAGAACUUUUCCCUGUCUCGAGAAAGCAUGAGGGCGACCCUGGCGGCCUUUAAGGCUAAUAAGAUGGUGGCCGACAUAACCCUAGAGGUCUUUCAAGCGAUGGAUCCAGCAGCUGUGAACCGUUCUACUACCCCUGCCCCUACUUUGGCAUUGGUGUCUUGAGCAGGGGGUUCUCGGUCUACAGCCUCGAGGACGUCCGUUUCUACCAAAGCGCCGGCUCCAGUCAAGACUCCGGCUGCUCCUAAGCCAACUUCCAAUGAGCCCAUUGCACUUAGCGAGUCUGCCGAGAGCAGUUCGGAGGAGGACACUGGAGUUGCCCCUUUGGACGUCCUAUCUCUCCAGGUUGUGGGGGCCAUAGUAAUUGGAGGAGCAACCAGCAAGCGGGCUCGGACUUUAGAGCCUGCCACUGAAGGCAGGGCUAUGAAACGGGCUCGUACUACAGAGCCUACGAGGACAGCCCUUCCCCCCUCCACUGACAAGGGGAAGAAGGUCGUGGAGUAGCUAUCAUUGGCUCCAGAGAACAAGCUCUUGAAUGCUGCCAAGGUGAUUUGUGAGUCUUCGCCGACUUCGGUAGCCAAAGUGCUCUGCGAGAAGAUGUUUGGAGGGAUUUCAGAUGCUUCAGAUCCCCGUUUCCUGGCCCUCAUCAGCCAUCUUGCCCACUCCACUAAGCAACAAGCGGCGUUCAACACUCACUCUCUGGAUGACCUCAGGGACAGCUUGAGGGAGAUGUUCCUCAUCAUAAGCCAUCUGCCAUUCUCAAGGGUAUUUCUAGUUUCUUUAGCUUUCUAACUUUGUUUUUUUGUGGCAGACCUUCGGGGUAUUCCUAGAGAUUGAUGCUAGGAACCGGUCUUUUCAGAGCUCAGUGGAGCAGCGCAUCGCUGAGGACGCUGGGGUGAAAAUAUCGUUGCCACUGGUGAGGCCCACGGACAGAUCAUUGAGUUUCAAGGAGUUAUUGAGGACCUCACCAAGCAACUGGGGGAGAUGAGGGAGGAGGUUGUCUAGGCCUUCCAACGAGUUUCUGCAGCCGAGUCUCAGCAAGACGAGGCCUUAGCACAACUGUCCUCUUUAGAGGACUCUUGCCAUCAACGUGAUGAGGCCAGGGCCCAGCGUGAUGAGGCCUUAGCUCACACUGCUGUCCUUCAGUAGGAGCUCAACAAGCACAUCGAGGAUCUGAAAGGCAUGGUUUCAGCAGCAGAGGAGUCUCAUCUCUAGCAACAGCAACUUCGUCAAGGGGUCACUACUCUAGAGUAGUGGUGUUCUGCCUUAUUAAGGGAUGCCUAGACUGCAGAGAAUAGGGUCCAACAGGCUUGUGAGGAGCGUUUGCAAGAGUACAAGGACUCUGAAGAGCUGAAAGGCAAGAUCCAAUGAGCUUGUGAAGCGCAACUAGAGGAGUAUAAGGCCUCUACGGAGAUGAAAGAGACAGUGUACAAGGAGAGCUUCCGCAUGUUCGCUUUGGACUACAAUCAAGGCCUUAAGUUGGCUAGAGAUGCCCUCCACUCCGUUGGCUGACCUAUGAGCCCCUGAAGUGGACUCUGACGGCGAGGAGGUGCGCUACGGAGAGAAUGACAACUCUUUGCCCAAUAGUGCUCUUCGCUUGCCUUCUGGACAUCAGGAAGAAGAUACUGUAAAUAAUCCUAUAAAUGAUUUAUUAGUUAUGCUCCUCCUUUCCUUGCAGCCUCUGUAACACACUCCGAUAAUUAAUAAAAAUUUGAGUUUUUGUUAUUUU